AUGGCCAGUGCAUUGAUCGAACAGAUCAACACGGUGAGCAAGCUCACCCGAACGAUCAAGGACGAGAAAAGCCGUGGAGAUCUUCUAUCCGCACAAGCAGUGUCCAUCCGGGAGCAGAUCAUGAAUGUCACACUGACGAGCAGUGAUUGCGAUCAGCUUGUAGAAGCCAUUGAUCAUUCUGAUUUCAGUGACGAAAGCAAGACCGAGCUCGGCAAGGCAGUUCUGCAGCAGCUGGGGAAAGCUGCUACAAAGGUUCCCAAAAGGAGCAACCAGACGGUGGAGUUCCGAUUACAUACCAAUGCCAGCACCCGGCAGCUGUUGGAGUACCUUCGAGAUGCUGAGCAGAGCAUGAGCUGUGCUGCUUUCGCCAAGCUGCAGACAGCAGUGGGAUUCAACUUCAAAUCUUCCGGACUUCUCAUGGACGACAUGAUUGGAUACGACAUCCCGGAAACAGUCAUGUAUGACUGGUUUCACAUUUAUUUAGUACACGGAAUUUGUAACAUCGAAUGCGGCCUCGUCCUCGGCAGUCUCAGGGAUGCUGGGUUUCCGGAAAGUGACAUCACAGAGUUCUUGCAGAGUUUCAAUUGGCCUGCUCAAACGGCUGGGUCGUCCCCGAAGAACAUUCUUCAAGCCGCCAGAGAAAAGAAAACUUCACCGUUAAAGUCCUCGGCAUCAGAGCUUUUGAACUUCGUGCCACUGCUCCGCCUGUUUGUUUUAUUGUUUGUAUGUGGACGUGUGGACUCCGCCACAGAGUGCAAAGUUCAUUCCUUCCUGUUGCUGGUCCAAGUGCUGGAUUUGCUGCAGAUCGUGGCGAAAGGCGGCAGCACCACGGCAGCAGAGUUGGGAGAAGCGAUUCGAAAGCAUUUAGAAUGCCACUUGAAAGAUACUACAAAGAAAUACGAAGAAUCCCUGCUGCAAGACAUCAUGGCGGUACAGCUUCAAGCGCUGAAGCAGGACAUGCCAUCCACUGAAGUUCGCCUGCUGCACAAAGCGAAGGCAACUAAGAAGCUGCAUGAGCUGAUGCAUGAGACCUUGCAGUGCGGUGGUGGUGAGUGUUUUCACGCACUUCGUGCAGUGCAUGGUGGCGGUUUCGAGUGCAGCAGGGGCGAUGUCGUCGAAUUUUCAUGCAUGGGCACCAGCUCUUUCGGCCGCAUCCAGUUCCAUGCCGAGAUGAUGGAUCGGCCCAUGACCUGCAUCGUCCCAUGGAGUCAUGUGCAUGACUGGGCAUACACGGUGACGGAGAGUGCUCAGCCUGUCCUUGUGGACACGGGUGCAAUCAAGGGAUGCUGCUUGUGGAGCCAGAAAGACACCAGUGCAUUGGUCAUUCGGGCAUAA